CGUUACCUAAAAGAUACAGGUGAUUGACAGGUGGUUCACUACCAUCCCUGCAGCUGGCAAGCUAAUGGUAGAAGUUAGAAAUACAUCUCCCUCAGCGGGUGACAGCAUAAACCAAACAUAUGGGUAACAUUACAGUUUCAGACAUUGUCCGGCGAUGGAGUCCGGAGUCGGUUAAAGGUUGUUUUUCGACACAUGAAGGCCAUAUUUGCAUCUCGGCUGCUUUUUACGUCUUGUCUGCUUUGAUGCUACUGUUUUCCAGUUCGCUUCUUCUCUAUCACAGAUGCAAAACGCGACGCAAGAGUUUUGGCGACGAAGCGUUCAACGCUCUGUACUGUUUCGUGGGGAACCUGUGCGGCGCGGCAGGCGCUUCGCUUUCCAAACAGUUUGAUUUUCAGAUUUCUAUGGCUUCAUAUAUGGCAGUUUUGGAUGUCAUCCAUUUCUUGUCUGUAUCAUUCUCCAUUUAUUUAUGGUAUAAGUCUAAAAUGGGAAAGAAAAUGAGAAUGGUGUCCAGAAGAAGGAGGCAGAAUUUUCUAGUUGUAUCUCUGCUUUUUGUAAUGGGUGGCAGCGUUUACAUGGGUUUACCAGUCCAUUCGAGUUCACUAACGGUAUGUCCGACCACGAGGAGACCACUUGGCAUAUUCCUCAAUGACCAUACCGAGAACCUCGGUUACGUGUUGGGGCUUCUGUCCUUUGCAAUCAGCUGGACCGCAAAGUUUCCCUUCAUCCCGAAAGCAAAUAGAGGAGAGCAGAAUUCUGCAGUGCAGGUGUCCUCUAGAGUUCUUUCUUCUGCAGCUGGAUCUCUGUACGCGUCUGCCAUCCUUCUCUACGACACACAGCUAAGAACGGUCGUCAAAGCAAUGCCGUGGAUACUUUCUGCUAUCAGCGGUGCCGUUCUGGAUCUUUUUAUUGUGGUCCUCAUCUGUUACAGAGCCAGCCAUAAACGUCCUUCUGUCCGGUCUCUGGACUCGGAUACUGAGUCUUUGCUAGGUGACUCUUCUGUCACAGGUCAGCUGCGCAACAAUAAUGUUGAAUGCUGCAGGAAGAAACACCUCUCAGCGAGAGGCAUUUCUCCCAAAGGGUCUGACAUGGGACUCUACAUGGAUGUCAACAUACAGCCAAUCAGGAAGGUUUGUCUUAAGGAGGUCACCAUCUCACGGGACGGCUCAUCUGAGAAUCUUCCUCUAAAGAGGACCGUCAGGGUGGUGCGGGUCGAUGAACAUUGUUCCUCUGGUACUUCGACCGAUUCGUCCUCUAUUGGCUCGGAGUUAGAGUGGGACUUUGAAGAAACAAAAACGCGGUGGAUCCCGGUAGAGGAAGCUCCAGAAGAUCUGCAGAAAGCUGAGGCGGUCCCGCUCCAGGAGUGGCCAGCGAAUUCGAACCAGACCAGCAGACCCGGUUCUCACGUCUGCUUCUGCAACCGCGCACAGUUAGUGGAAAAGUUAGCGGAAAAGUUAGCAUCCACAUAAUAAGACGACAAAACCUGGUGCCACUGGCUAACAUGCAUUAACAUGAUUUAAGUGUAUUUGAAGUUCAAUAAAGUGUAAAACUGUAUAUCAUUCAUAUACUACUUAAAAUAUAUGUUAUUGUGGACAUCACUGGCAUGUUUUUUAUUGACUUUGUGUGACUGUGCACAUUUUUGAGUACGCUCAAAAAGCCAGAAGAAAUGAUGUAACUCGUACGGUACCUCAGUACCUAUUGUUACCAGCUUUAGAAGGCUGAUCUACACUUGUAUCCUUCCCUCACGGCGACUAAGGCUCCCAGCACUUCCCUGUCAUUCACGCUGACGACUUUUUCCAUUGUCGUCCCCUUUCCUCUCCAGAGCCAUGCUGUUGAUUAAUGGGAUGGCUCUGAAAACCUUAUCAGACCCGUCGUUCUCAUAGACGAUACCGAACACUGACAAAUGAAGGGAGGUGUCACAUAGACUGCCCUAAUAAAAACAAUAUCACCCUUUUGCAGGCUCGCCAGGUCAGGAGGUCACUUCCUUUAUUUUGAUAGUUUCUGCCGGUUUAUUUGAGCUGGACUAGACACGACCCAGCAGCCUGAGAUAAGGCACAGAGGAGAGUGUUUUCAGCGUCUUCGCUGGUAACCAGACUUGACCUGCCUUGGCUUGUGACUUUGCGUCCCAUGCUCUUUGUAUCUCAGUCAGUCGGGUUUAACGGAUGGAUAUUGGACUUCCUCAAAGCACGAUAGCAAGACAAUGUGUUGAUUAGAGUAUGUCGAGAACAUGAGGGCUUUCCUUGCCCUGGUGGGUUUGCGUUGGACAUGUGAAUAAUGUGCAGGCCCACGCAGAAUCAGAAUGACAGAAAUUCCUGUCAUUAACAAAAUUCUACACAUUCUGUCUUUUGCUUGUUUGUUAAAAAAUGUUUUCAGAAGACACACGCAUACACAUACAUACAGGGUGACUUGAGAAGUUCUGUGUUGCUGCCUUAUGUUAUGCUGCCCUACUGCUUUAAAUGCUUUUCCAUCAAUCUACAAUCCAUACACCAAAGCAGGGUUUUAACAUGUAUGUAUACAGUAUCUAUUAAAAAUAACUUAAUUGAUUCCACUGCAUAAGUAUUCAUACCUUUAUCAGGCUCAGGAGCAUUAAUGUUGCUGCUGCUUAUAGAUGUAACUUCACUUCAAGUGAAGUUAACUUGUGGCAGAUUCAGUUGUAUGGGCGUGAUUUAGUAAGGCACUCACUGGUGCUGCACAGUUCUUGCUAAAAUGUGAAUCACUAUUUUUAUGCAUGUGAAUUGAGAUCGUAAUUAUCUUAUAAUUAAAUUAAUUGCAAAAAAAAAGAGAAAAACUACCUAUCAACAUUUUAAGGUUUCAGGGAGGAACCUCUCCUAUUAUGUGACUAAUAGUAGGUAGCACAGAUUAGCGUUGUUGAGGUCAAAGUAUACUUCGGCCAUCCGCACACUGUCUGCAUGCAGGCAAUAUGUUGAGAACGCACCGACGGUUAAACCACGAGGUAAAUGUUGAGGCAAUGCAAGUCAAGUAGGUGGUACAGUAUGGAAGGCUGUUGAGGCCAAAAACCAAUUUGUAUGAACAGAACGCAGAAAGUGAUUGUAUACCCGAGCCUACAAAUCACUUGAGAAAUAGCAGAACCAAUAAGGGAGAAGAGAAAAGUGAUUUGAGAUUUGUUGAUUGGUGAUCUAAUAGAGAAGGGAGAAACCUACAGUGUUUUGUUAUUGUCCCUUGUCCCAAUGACCCUUGAAGGCAGCAUGAUCUGAACGCUGAGAAAUGCACAGAAAUUAUUUGCUGUCAUUUAGAAAUGAGAUCGCAUUAUUGUACGAAUGGAGCACACACAUCUUACAGCUUACAUCUGAAAAUGCAUGUAAGAGGAAAAAAACAAGCCCUGAGGCUAAAAACCUGUAGAGCUCACAAACAGGAUUGCAACAAGCCAAACAUCUGGGGAAGAGUUCAGAAAAAAUUCUACUGCAUUGAAGGUUCACAGAAGCAUGUAGCCUUUAUUAUCUAUCGUGGAAGAUAUUUGGACUCUCCCUUUGCCUUCUGGUUAAAUUGAGCAAUUGAUUGAGAAGGGCUUAGGUUAGACUGGUGACCAAGAACCUGAUGGUCAAGUUGAGCUCCAUGAUCAUAUAUGCAGAUGAGAGAAACCUAAAGAAGGAUAAACAUUACUGCAAGACUCCACCGAUUUGGGCUUUAGGGCCAGACUCAGUCCUAAUCUCAUAGAAGACACCUGAAAAUACACUUGGAAUUUGCAAAAAAAAGCACCCAAAGGACCCUCAGACUGUGAGAAACAUUCUUUUGUCUGAUUAACCUCAAUUCUAAGCAUCAUGUUUGAAGGAAACCAGCUCAGUUCAUCACCUGCAGACUGUGCCGAGGGACACGUCAGAGUAGAAAAAAGCUAAGUAUUGAGAUAUAUUGAGGCCAAAGUGUAUGGGAUAGCCUUAAAAACCCAGUCCAGAGCAUUCAGAAGCUCAGACUGGCCAGAAGGUUCAUCUUCCAACAGGACAGUGACCCUAAACGCACAGCAAGAGUGGCUUAUAGACAGCCUGGGAUUGAACCCAAUCAAAUAUUUCUAAAGAAACCUGAAAAUGUGCAUCUGCCUCCAUUCAACCUGACAGAGCUUGAGGGGUGAAGAGCUGAGGAGAAGAGUGGCAGAUGAUUGACAGAUGCUGUUAUACCCAAAAAGACUGUAAAGGUGAAGGUAAUUAACCGAGUUAAGGGUAUGGAUACUUAUGCAAUGUACUUAUUUGUACUGUUUUUUGCUUUGUCAUUAUUGUGAAUGGAGUGUAUACUGAUGUGGGGAAAAAAGUUGAAACAUUAAUCAAGAACAUUUUAAGCAGAAGGCAGAAACGUAACGCAUUCGUUUUUUUUUUUUUGGUUUUUUUCCUUGAAAAUUUUUUUGACUUUGCAAAUUGUUUUCUUUUUGUCUUUAAGACAAAACAAAACAAAAAUGGGUAAAUUUGAGACCUGCUAUUGUGAGAUAUGUUUACUCCAUAUUGUUGUAUAUCAUUAUUUGUUCUGUGUUUUUCAUUGAAUGGAAGUCAGUAGAGUCCAACAUUUGUCCCCACUGCCUUCUUUAUUAAUAUCUCUUUCCUCCUUUUUGCAAUAAGUGUAAUUUUAGUAUUUACUCCCUAAGAGGGUUCGGGAAGCAGCCACAUUCUGUGGGUUUAAAUCUAGAUUUAAGACACGUCUAUUUAAUCAAGCCUACACUUAACCACAUAACACACUAAUACACUUUUAUAAUUCAAAUCAGUUAAAGGACUGCUAGGCUGCAUUAAUUAGAUUAGCUGGAAUUGGGAACACUCCUCAUAAAACACAAUGUACUUGUGACAUCGUAAAAAGAAUGGCAAUAUUAUUAAUAUUAGUCAGUUUCUUUGUCAUUCUGUUUCUCAGCUUGUAUCUAGAUCAGAUGGUGGAUCAGCUCCCAGAUAUGACGUUCAUCUGAGACCAGAACACACACACACAAAAAAGUCCUUUACACUAUCUGACAUAGCUGCUGGAGGUUAAG